CUUUAAAUGGCAUUCGCUGUCAUCCGAGCUCGCGGCCGUGUGGGCAGGAGCGGGCUAUAUAAGUGGAGGGCCGGGCCGCCGCGGGGCAGACGGCGACAGACGCGGCGGCGAGCUCCCGGUAGCGCAGCCCAGCAGCCGAGCCCCGCGUCCCCCGACGGGCCCUCCCGCCCAACCUCCCGAGGAACGCCGACCCGGGCCCGCGAGGGCCGCCGCCACCCCGCAGCAGAUUUGGAUCCCCCGCCCGGCGAGCCCCAGGCUGCUGCCUCCCGGGGGGCCCCGGCGCAGCGGCCGCCCCCCGAGAGCCCCGGCGCCCCGCCGCCGGGCCCCGAAGACGCCGGCAGCGCCAUGGCGGCCGCCAAGCCCGGCGAGCUAAUGGGCAUCUGCUCCAGUUACCAGGCGGUGAUGCCGCACUUCGUGUGCCUGGCCGACGAGUUCCCGCAGCCCGUGCGGCCCGCCAAGCUGUCCAAGGGCAAGGGCCGGCUGCGGCGGCCGCGCCAGUCCCGCUUCAAGACGCAGCCGGUGACCUUCGACGAGAUCCAGGAGGUGGAGGAGGAAGGGGUGUCCCCCAUGGAGGAGGAGAAGGCCAAGAAGUCGUUCCUGCAGAGCCUGGAGUGCCUGCGCCGCAGCACGCAGAGCCUGUCGCUGCAGAGGGAGCAGCUCAGCAGCUGCAAGCUGAGGAACAGCCUGGACUCCAGCGACUCCGACUCGGCCCUGUGAGGGGCGCCGCCCGCCCGGGGACCCGCGAACCAAGCCCCAGAGGGUCCGGGCCCCGCACCCCGCGCCCCGGGGACCCGCGAGGACCUGGACCUCUCUCCGGGCUGCGAGCUGCUCUGUGCGCCCAGCGCUGCGCUGGUCCCGGGCCGGAGCGCGCGGGGGUGCCGGGGAGGGGGGCCGCUUUCUUUGCCCUUGUAAAUGUUUAUUUUUUAACUCUUCCCAGUACGGACUCUGCCGUGAGUGUGUGCGGGAGGCGCGCCCGCGCUGAUUCGGCCCUGGGUCGCCGGGGCUCCCCCGAGAGCCGCUCCACGCCCUUGUCUGAUGGUUUGCAACUCCGAUUUUGCACACCGCUCCCCCGUGCCCCCCAGCGCACACCCGUUCACACUCACGCCAACACACUCUCGCUGAACACUUUUAUAAUUGUUAGGCGCGGCUGAUGGGACUUGGGGCGCAGCGCAGCUGCGGCCGGAGGACUGAUAUUUAUUUUUGCAUUGCGAUGGCUGACGGCGUUUAUUUAACGAUCUUUUUACUUGGAUAUGUCUGUGAGGCUCCCGAACGGAGACAAAUAAAGUCAAUAUAUUUGCACAGUG